CCAAUUCACUAUGUAGUAAAUCCAUAACCAGGAAAAAAUAUGCUCAAAAAAUUCAAAGUGUAAAUUAUCUACAACAAGAAAAAAUUACGAAAAUAACCAAAUAUAUAAUUUAAUAUUGGCACAUGUGUAGCCCCUUUAAAACACCACGAGCAAUGUAUUCGAUUUGCCGUAUAUUGCCAUCAAAAGCCACGCAGUACGCUAGUCCUAGGAAAAUAACGAUAUGCUGCUCGGAAUAUGCUCACUUUUCCAAAUGGUGUAAAAAAGGCGGUAAGAGCAGUCGAAAUGAUAAAGGCCCAGGAGAGGGUAGUGGGCAGGAUGAUGACCCAUUGGAGCCUUGCUGUUAUGAGCCAUGCGUACCUCGAUCAAGUGAUCCACCCGGAUCAAAUAUUUAUGACCAACGUAAAUACGGCCACAACUUGCCAACGAACAACGUGAAUGUGUAUUUCCCACCCUUGCCUCAUCUACCGACUGGUAUCUUCAGGAAAGUCGAUGGAGAGGUUCUUGGCCUCGGAGCUGGCAAAUGCUGUACUUACAAGAAUCCGGAAUAUUUCUCCUUCCAUCACAUGACCUUUUACGAUAUGCAUCUCUUGAUGCGCUGCUACCGUUUACCUUGUCCGAAAUCGGGAAGAAAACCUUAGCAAUUGGUAUGGAAACUGUGGUCAUUUUUAAAUAAUUAAUGUGACCGGAACCUACUUUAACAUAACAAAUAUACACAAACAACUUCGAAAUCAUAUUUUAUUACAA